UGAAAUACACAUGGAUAAGUCUUGCCUAGAUGCAAAAUUCAGACGGGUCCAAUAUAAUACCAAGGAAAAAGUUUAGAACAAAAAAAAAAAGUCUAUAGUCUGAAAAGCAAAAUUAGUGUGACACGCGUUUUGGCCCGGAGUCACAGUCUGCACUAUAAAUAGCCGAGACUUUGAAGUCAUUAUUGGUCCCAUGAGAUUUGAACUUGUUGAAGUAGAACAAUAAUCACAAACGAGAUUUGAACUGGGAAAAAAUAGUAAAAAAGAAAUAUGGUGAGGACUCCUUGCUGUGAUAAAUCUGGAUUAAAGAAAGGUACAUGGACUCCUGAGGAAGACAGAAAGCUAAUGGCUUAUGUUACUAGAUAUGGCUGCUGGAAUUGGCGCCAACUCCCUAAAUUUGCAGGUCUAUCAAGGUGCGGGAAGAGUUGCAGAUUGCGAUGGUUGAAUUAUCUGAGACCGAACAUUAAGAGAGGGAAUUAUACUAAAGAAGAAGAGGACACCAUCCUGAAGUUACAUGCAUCGCUAGGGAACAGAUGGUCUGCCAUUGCUGCCCAUUUACCAGGAAGGACUGACAAUGAAAUAAAGAACCAUUGGCAUACCAAUCUCAAGAAACGCAUACAAAAGGGUUCAGUUUCAUAUGAAGCAAUCAAAGCAAAGUCUUCAACUGAUCUGUCUCGACAUAAAACCAGCCAAAUUGUAGACACUAAACCAAUAACUGACCCCAUUUAUAUUAAUCCUGCAACUCCUCAAACUUCUGAGAGCUCCACAUUGUCUCCGAAACAAUCCUCCUCUAGCGAUAACUCAUCCAUUGCAACAGAUAACAUUGCCGUAAUGAGCAGCAGCGACUCAAACUCUGAUGAUUUUUCUUUCUUGGAGGCAUAUGAGGCACCUGUUGGAAAUUUUUGGACAGAACCUUUCUUGGCUGACAAUUAUUACAUGCCUAGUGAUCAGUUCUCCUUGAUGCCUUUGUUAGACGAUCCUCUUCCUCUAUUUCUUGAUGGAGAAAUUCUAUACCCUUAUGGUCUCAAUGAGCAGAGCAAUAUGGAGGAUGGAACAAGUAACCUAUAUAAAGCAUAUUGUUAAAUAGCCCUUUUUUCUAGUUCUUCUUCUUAGUACCUUUUUGGUUCUAACGGUAUUAUUAACCCUAUUGGGAUUGACGUGAUGCAAAAUGAGGCUGUAUGUUACCGUACUUUAAUCAAUGGGUUACAUCUUGUCUUUGUCUUUUCAAAUUGA